ACUGAACUAAUUCAAACAUCUUAAAACCUACUAUAAAACAAAAGACAUAUGUUGACAGAUUUGUUACAAAAAGUGAAAAUGGGUGAUAGCGAUUUUCUUGGUAUAAAUCAUCAGUUUUACCUAAUUAUUUACCAUAAAUAAACAGUGAAGGAAGACGAAUACGAAUCUCGGAACAUUAAUUCUGCAAACAAGGCAAGGAUGAAUAGAAAGUAUGUCCGUAAAGAUAAAGAUUUAACAGAAGAGUAAAAUGAAGGAUUAAAUUAAGAUGAAUGAAUGACAUGAAUUAACAUUAUUUAAAUGGAAUAUAUGUGCCAAAUUCGAGGAUAGAAUCAAAUAUGGAUAAAUCUGUUAAGAAAAAGAACAACGCUAAUGGAAAAUACAAGAAAAACUGCAAAGCAGAGAAUUACGAUGAAUUGGUUACUUGCUGUUUUUGCCUCAAGACUAAAAAGAGUAAAAAGAAAAGUUUAAUCACAGGAUGUCUUACCAAUUUAGGAAUCUUUGCUUUACUUUUAAUUUAUACUUUAUUAGGAGCAUUCAUUUUUCUCGCAAUCGAAGGCAGUGCUGCUAAAGUUCAUCAAAAGACACUAGCCGCUACUUCAUAUCAUGGCAAUGAGAAUCAAAAGACAAUACCUCUGUCAAAAGUUAACAGUAGUAUUGCACAAGCGAGUGCUGAACUAAGAUCACAGACAGUUGAAAGUAUAUGGGAAAUAACGGUGUCAUUGAAUAUUUUGUAUAAAGAAAAUUGGACAAGGUUGGCCGCUCAAGAGAUAGCAAGGUUUCAAGAAAAGCUUGUUGCGAGGGUCGCUGCUGACGUCACCGAGCAAUACGGAGGAGUCAGAGCUCUGGAGUCAGCGCCCGCUUUAAUUACCGACGACUAUGAAUGGAAUUUUGCAAAAGCAUUUUUGUAUUCCCUGACAGUGCUUACUACGAUUGGUUACGGCAGUGUAGCACCGAGAACAGCUUUGGGUAAAGCAGUUACAAUUGGAUAUGCAGUAAUAGGUAUACCAUUAACGCUUUUGUAUUUAUCUGUCGUCGGUGCCCUUCUUUCAAGACUUGCAAGGAGUGUUUUUAGCAGAGCACUAUGUUGCUGUCUUUGCACAAAAUGUGGAUACUGUUGUCUCGAUGAACAUACGAUGGCUACCAAAGAACAGAAAGGUAAGGUUAGAAGACAAGAAGAUUAUAGAACUCAAACUCUACACUUACAAGAACCGUAUUACGUACGAUCGCCGUCAGGCACAAUAAUUUCAGCUUCCCAAGCGAACAGUUUAAGCACGAAUUCUGUCAAGGAUAAGACACAAGGAUUAAGUUUUCUCAGAGACUGUGACUCUAUGAGUUGUACCGAUACCGACUCAAGAGUUUCUCUCCGUGGACUCUCAAUUCUUGCUCCGAUUUCACUGUGCUUGGCAGCAAUAUUUACUUAUAUAUUCUUCGGCGCAUUGGUUCUCUACCAACUGGAAGGAUGGAGUCCUAUCGAUGGUGUAUAUUUCUGCUUUAUGAGUCUCAGUACCAUUGGUUUCGGUCAUUUGGCACCAGGAGUAACACAGAAGAAUGGAGCAUCUAGCGGCACGGUGUGGUUUUGUUCCAUUUAUAUAAUGACCGGUCUGGCUCUGACAGCAAUGUGCUUUAAUGUUCUUCAUGAUGAGAUCGUUCAUCGUCUGAGACAUCAUGAGAAGAUGUUGAAAGUGACGUCACAGAAGACAUUAGCACCUGAGUUCUUACAAAGAUCUUGACGGGACGAUAGUAUGAAUUUGACGGAUGAGACGUUGACAAAUUCAGACAAUGAGACGCUACCGGAGAUGUUGCAACAUGUAUCGAGCUCAAAGUGUGAUGGAGUAUUUCGUAGAUCAGUGUACAUGGUUAAAGAAGAGAAUGAACAAGAAGAAGGUGUCCUAAUGUAAUUAGAUGUUUUUAAUAUUAUAAUAAUCAAAGACUUUUGCAUUUAUACUAUUGAGUUGAUGUGUGAAAAUAUUAGGAAUUUAAGCUAAUUUUGAUUGUCUUUGGAUACGAGAGAUGUUGUAGGUAAUAUGGAAUGUUUGUUAACACUUAAAUACAAUUAUUAAACAGAUAAGGAAAUGACUGAAUCGUUUGAUUAUUAAGUUGAUAUGAAUGAUGAUUGGAUAAUGUAAUAUUUAAAAUUGUUAAAACCAAUUCGUGUGUAUGCUGUAAUAUUUAAUGUAAGGACUAAACUAAAAUUAUUUAUAAACUUUUAUUUAAAACUAUCGAAGGAAUUAAAUGGACGGCUGAAAUUAAUGUAGAAAUGAAUAACUCUGGGGGUUUCAUUUUGUUUGUUAAAUGUAUAGAAUCAUUAGUACACCCUUAAGUAUAUAACAUUAUUAAUUUAAAUUCUGAUAUUCAAAAA